CGGUGUCCACAGGCAGCGCAUCAGUCUGACACUGACGGUAUUGUUCAGAGCACAGAAAGUGGUGUUAAAGAGCGACUGUGGAAAUCCACCAAUCCGCGCGCGCUUGAGGCGGCAGACGGGAUGACGUCACCAGCGUCUGGUCGUCGUGGCUGGUGCGCGCGAGCGAAGAGGAAAAGGGGGGCAGAGCGAGCGCGCGACAGGGAGGAAGAGAAAAAACUCCCAGCAGGCCGAAACGGGGUCACGAACUAUGACCUUUCACAGGAGAAAAACAAUAACAAAUCAUUUGUAUUAACCGUAACGACUGUAAAAAUACGUCAACUAACUUCACAGACGCAGGCAUCUCCGACAGACAGCCCGGUGAUGAGUGCUUCUCCACAGCGCAUUCAGAUCAUCUCCACUGACUCUUCUGUCACCACGCCACAGAGAAUACAGAUUGUGACGGAUCAACAGACGGGACAGAAGAUCCAGAUUGUGACAGCUGUGGAUCCGGCAAGCGUGCCCAAGCAGCAGUUUAUCCUCGCUGCUCACGAUGGAACGGCAACAGGCAAAGUCAUUCUGGCAUCCCCCAGCAGCCCCAGCACUAAACAGCUCAUCUUCACCACAGCUGACAGCCUGGUACCUGGUCAAAUACAGUUUGUCACAGAUGCAGUCUCGGUGGAGAGGAUUCUGGGUAAAGGAGGAGAAGUAGGCCGACCGCAGCCUGUAGAGUACUGCGUAGUGUGUGGAGACAAAGCUUCGGGGAGGCAUUAUGGAGCUGUUAGCUGUGAGGGCUGCAAGGGCUUCUUCAAGCGAAGCGUCAGGAAGAGUCUGACCUACAGUUGCCGCAGCAACCAAGACUGUGUGGUCAACAAGCACCAUCGCAACCGCUGCCAGUUCUGCCGCCUCAGGAAGUGCCUCGAGAUGGGCAUGAAGAUGGAGUCUGUGCAGAGUGAAAGGAAACCAUUAGACCUGCCCAGAGAAAAACCUGCAAAUUGUGCUGCCUCAACUGAGAAAAUCUACAUCCGAAAAGACCUGCGAAGUCCCCUAAUAGCAACGCCAACAUUCAUCACAGACAAAGAUGGCACACGCUCUGGGUUACUGGACCCUGGGAUGCUGGUGAACAUUCAACAACCUGUCAUCCAAGCAGACGGCACGUUACUCUUAGCAACAGACACCAAGACAGAGAGCAGCCAUGGGGAUUUAGGCACACUGGCCAAUGUGGUGACAUCAUUAGCCAGUCUUAGCGAUUCACUCAAUAAUGGGGAUGGAGACAUUACAGCCAGCCAACAGGAGGAGUCUGCCAGUGAAAUCACACGUGCCUUUGACACUCUGGCCAAAGCGUUAAACCCUAACGAAGAGGGGGAGGGGCAGAGCCUGUCGGAGACGGAGUGUGUGGGCGGAGCAACUAUACAGGUCAUCAGCAGAGAUCAGGUCACACCUCUCAUAGAAGUGGAGGGUCCUCUGCUCACAGACACACAUGUCAACUUUAAGCUGACAAUGCCCAGUCCCAUGCCUGAGUAUCUGAACGUCCAUUAUAUUUGCGAGUCUGCAUCCCGUCUGCUGUUUCUCUCCAUGCACUGGGCACGCUCAAUCCCAGCCUUUCUUGCUCUCGGGCAGGAGUGUAACACAUCUCUGGUACGGGCGUGCUGGAACGAGCUGUUCACUCUCGGUCUGGCGCAGUGUGCUCAGGUCAUGAGCCUCUCCACCAUACUGGCUGCCAUUGUCAACCAUCUGCAGAGCAGCAUCCAGGAGGACAAGCUGUCUGGCGAACGAGUGAAGUUGGUGAUGGAUCACAUCUGGAAGCUGCAGGAGUUCUGUAACAGCAUGGCCAAGCUGGAGACGGACGGCUAUGAGUACGCCUACCUGAAAGCCAUCGUCCUCUUCAGUCCAGACCACCCAGGCCUGAACAGCAGCAGCCAGAUCAAGAAGUUUCAGGAAAAAGCGCAGAUGGAGCUGCAGGAUUACGUACAGAAGACUUAUCCAGAUGACACCUACAGACUGGCGCGAACCCUGAUGCGUCUGCCAGCGCUGCGUCUGAUGAGCUCCAGCAUAACGGAAGAACUCUUCUUCACCGGACUAAUCGGAAACGUACCCAUCGACAGCAUCAUCCCCUACAUCCUGAAAAUGGAGACCGCUGACUACAACAGCCAAAUCACUGGUCCCACCACAUGACUCCAGAGCAACCUGUUCCGAGCUCCAGAUGCAGACUGAAAUCCUACAAUCUCCCAUUGUCACUUGCCUUCAUUGCAAAGCAAUGCAAAACUUAGGACCAUCACCUUCUUCUUCUUCUUUUUCCCAUGUGUCGAGCAUUUCAUUUUCCUAACAAACAGCUGUAUCAGUCUGACUGAAUGUUACUUAACAAGGUUUGCAUUUUAACUUACCGUGGUUUUAUUUUUCUGCCAAGGAAAAUAAGUCAAUCCGCUCUUCUCAAGCACUUAAGGGGAAAUCGUACCAUGUGCACGCUUUUGUAUUAUUUUAAGAUAUAUGUAUUAAGGAUUUGACUCCUCAGUGAACUGUAUUAGUGUUUUAGUAGUGUAAUGGAAAUCAGGCCAUGGUCAGUUAGGAUCCUGAAAAUAACCUCAUUGUGAAUUCUUAUGCAAAAGUAGUUGCAUGGGUCUCUGUGACCCGGGGUUUAAUCUAGGACCCCUUUUUUUUGCCUUCCAUUAUGUGUUGAAUAUUCCUAUAUAUGUAUAAAAUGAGAGAGAGAGAGAUAGGAGACCCUGAUACACAGGCACUAUUAGUUCUAGGAUCAAUAUCCCAGACGUGCAUUAAGCUUAGCUUUGCACUAAAUUGCAAUGUCAGUGGUGAUCCAUUAUUUAAUAUUUAGCUUUGUGUUGUUUUUUUUUGUUUUUUUUUAAAGGUUUAAGCCGUAGUUUCGGCUUGCUCCAUGUUUUACGUAUACCAGAUAUAUGUGAGCUCGGAAUCUUUAACUGCUAUGAUCUUGGCAUUGAUUUACAAAACAACACCUCUGCUGUUCAGACAAUCAGCAUAUAAAAGGAUGACGCACUUAUCCUGAACGCUUCAUCACUUUUCCUUCAUUUACUGUGCUAAUAUUUCCUCAUACUUCUAUCUGUUCAGGUGUAUUUAUUUGACCGAUUCCUCGUUAUAUAUCGGCUCCACACUUUUCCAUGAAUCGUUAGUAAUUUGAUUGUAGUCUCACGCUAUAGAGCGAUCUAAGAGCACUCCUCGGCAGUAAAUAAUGUAGUCAGCUCCGUUGUACCAGCAGGUUUCACACAGUUAGUAUUCCUUUACGCUUUAAUUUAUUCGUCAUAAACAAGGCUCCAGUGUGUGGUGGUGGUUGUUUUUUUUGCCAUAUGAAAUCAUGACAGCUGUCUUCUGUGAAACGUACUCAAAGUACAAUCAUGCACUUAUGAAUAUUAUAUGAGAGUGUGAAAUACAUCUAUUUACCCUUUGAAGGGUGAACUUCAAACAUAAGGAGAUGAAUAUCUACAUUACCGGAAAUGUAUAUGUACUGUAUAAAAGCCUACCUAAAUAUUUGGGGUUUAAAACCCAUUCAGACUGUUUUUAAUCGCUGUUGUGAUAUGUUCGAUAAGAUUUAUACUACAUGUAAUUUCAUUAAAAUGAAUGCAUGUCUAUUUUAAACCGUUUUUUCAUUUUUCUCUGGCGACGAGAUGUUACACUUUUGUUUGUUUGUUUGUUUUUUGUAUAUAAUGCAUGGAAUAGUUAAUGCAUUUUAUUAAAUGCUGUAUCAAGAUGGCGUAAAAAAAAAAAUUGUUGUGGCUUAGAAAUACAUAUUUAUCUGCCAGAGACUAAAAGCAAACAAGUUAUCUUUUUUUCUUUUGUCUUUUUCUUUUUGAAGUUAACUCAUUUAUGUACAUUGCAGAGAAACUAAUGACCUCAGUAUCUUGUCAAGAAAAGCCUUUUUUUUUUUUUUUUAAAGAAUAUACAUGUAUGAAUUAGUUGUGUUGGAUGUGUCCUUUUAAAAAUGAUAAAAAAAAAAAAAAAGACUAAGUAAAGGAACAUAUGGUUUGACAUUUGAUGGGUCAAAUCACAUUAACCGUGAUGAGUUCCUGCAUUUGUUUCCCUAAAAAAAAUAUCUGAUUCUGUUUUCACUUCCAUACAAAAGGUUCGGACAUGAUUUAUCUCAGUUUCUUUUGUUUUUCUCAACCCGGAAACUUCAAAUUGCUUGUGUAGGAUUUUAAUUC